GUUUACGUCUCCACUCUGGUCUUCCCGUCUGUUGUUCCAGCGACCCGCUGUCGCUGCCGCUCGGGUUACCAGGAAAAGGUCGCUGGUGGAGAGUGUAUACAGCAAGAGGCAGAAGGACCACCCGGAGCUGAGAUGAGGAACCUCGUCUGUCUUAGGAUCCUUCUUCUCGUCGCUCUCAUCGUCCUCGGGAGUGAGUGCCGUCAGCGUAAGCGACAGGAUCUUAUACCUUUCCCUCGGGUGGGUAAGAGGAACCACCUGAAUGAUGUUGCAGGUCAAGCCGGCGUGGGCGUCGGGGACACAUUGGCCAACUGGCCUCUACUGGAAGAUCCCAAGAGCAACUGGUUAGCGCCUCUGAUGUAUGUGCUGGAGACCCGAGACCAAGACACCGAAGAAUUCACGGAAUCCAGUAACGUCUUGCCUCCUGUGUGGAAACUCCUGGGACACAAGAGCAGCAAUGGACACCGCCAGCCAAUACCCCACAUCAACACCCACACUUCCGAGUCUCACAGUACGGAGCCUCGCCAUAAAGUUAGGCCUAGGCAGCAGAGAUCACACUCCCCUUUACAGCUGUCUACUUUUAACUAUUUACUCCUUCGUCGCCUUCUUCAGCAAGUGGAAACACAAACUCCAGCAGAGAUCGAGACUUACCCGCAAGACUAAUUUCAAUAGUAGAUGAGUGGAAGAGAAGCACAGAAAAUUCCCAUUGAAGUUGUCUAGAGCGGAGAUAAAGUAUAACACUGGCAGCAGAAUGAAAAAGGUGAUAUUUAUAUUGAGUAGACGCUAAAGAGAUGACCACUAUUAAGAAUAUUUGCAUGACGUGUCCAAGUCGUCAUUUUUCACAUUGCGUAUUUACUUACUACUGCUGGAUAGGAUAGGAUGCCAAACAAACGAGGGCGGCUUCAGGGUGGCGGGGGCGCUAUUCUUAUCAGAAGUCAGGGUUAAUCUUCGAGUUGUGUAACUUGUGCAAUUGUGGACAACAACUGAACUUUUUUGUGUAAAUAUAACGGUAAACUUAAAAAAGUUUAUUUUUGGCUUUAAAUCUACAAUGCUCAUGAUGAGAAAGCGAGAUUUAUAAAAAAUGAACAAGACGUUUUUCAUUUUCCUUUGGCAAAAUUUACUAACUAUUAAAAAAAUAUAGUCGCAGGUUUAAAGUCCUCACCCUUUACUUUGUUAGUUACGUCAUGAUUUCUUACCUGGAGGUAAAUUAAAAAAAAAUCCGGCUAAAUAUUAUUUCAAUUAGACCUUUUUCUAUUAAGGUACCGGUAACAUUUUAUCAAUAGUGAUUAAAAGAUGUCUGAGCUGAAUAUACGAGGUGCAUAACAUUGGUCUUAUUUACAGUAAAAGACGGUGCAGUAAUCGUUCUGGGGCAAUCAUGAAUCAAGUGCUGUUUCCACCACCCAAAAAAAUCAAUCUUGUCACUGGAUUAACAAAAUUAUCAAAAUUUAUAAACAAAUUGCGUUUAUACAUUAAUUCAACUCAUUGAAGAAGUCCCAGGAUUUUAAGUGUCAGGAAAUGAUCAUCAGUGUGGUGUGUGUGAGGGGGGGACUAAGCGGUAGUGAUAAGUGAGCUCAUACUCAUAUAUUUGAGGACUAUGAAAUUUCUAUGACAAACCUCUUAUAGUUUCUUCAAUGUCUACCCCUCUCCACACUUUAGUUGACUCAUCCAACAAACAAUAGAAUCUAAUUUCUUUUGGAUUGCUUAACAUAGUUACAUCAUAAAACCUUCCCUUAUAAAACGCUGCCUUCUAAAUGUAUUGGUUACACGCUAGUUAGUUGUCAAUAAUUAUUUCUAUGAGAACUACCCCUUUUUGCAUUUUAGUGCCAUGGAAAUUCAUAAUAUAAAGACAAUAUUUUGCAUUAUACCACUGCGUCGUGACCUUUGACACUAUCUCAUUAUAAAUAGACCUUCCAUAAGAUUACUUCGACAGACUUGCAGAUAUUACACCGACAGAUCACCAAAAUACAUAGUCAACCGUAGGUAUGAAUACGGGUGUCUUACGGUAUUCGAACCCAUAAAGCUCUCAAACAGUCUUCUAGUAGUACGGCAUCCUUUUUCGAUAAUGUUACCGUGUAUAUAUUGUAAUUUAUUAGUGUUAUUAAUAUUUGCCCUAUCGACUCAUAUAUUUUUUAUAAAAUGUCUGUACAGACACUUUGUCUAACUGUUAUGAAACGUGCCUCGAGUAUUGUUUCAAUGAUAUUCCUUUUUAUGAAACUGAUUCGAAUGAUACUUGUUUCGAGUUUUGAUCUGUUCAAAAUAAACUGAAAAGUAAUGGGAGGAAAGUGCAAAAAAUGGGUAUUCAUAUCAAAUACAGUAGAUAAGCAGUAAACGGGAAUGAAAAAAAAAAUAAUGUUUAGCACAGUUCAAUUAUCUCUCUUCUUCAGUUAAUUGCUUCCUCCUAGGCGACAUUAUACUAAUCGGUGAAUUCAAGCAUUAAGGCAAGUGGGGCUGCUUGACCUCGAUGCAUAUUUCCUUUAUAAGUUGAUUUUAUAAACAAAGAUUUGUAAAAUGUUAUCAAGUUAAAUGUCUGGAGUUUGUUUUGCCGCAGCGUUAACCACAUAUUUUAAUAUUGACAGUGGCUAUACCACUUCAACGACAACGCUGCAUUAACACCAGGGUGUGUACAGUAAGUGAUGGAUUCUAUCGAUACUUGCAACACUUUCCCUAACAUACGGUUACCUCUAUACGUAAGAAUUAACUAUUCCACCAAACACUAGCUGAUGAUCAUUUCUGUUUUGUUACGGUUUGAUGAUCUGAUGAAAUGUUCUGAAUGGAAACUCGCUUCGACUUGGUAGCAGACAGGUCGUGAGGCAGACCUCCAUGGAUACUGGAGUAUACUCAUGAUGAAUAAUAUUGACAAAAUAUCAAAAGUACCUGAACCAGAACAGUUUCAUAAUAAACAACAGAACCAUAAGUAUUCAAAUUUAGAACAUCACAUACUGCGGCCGCCAGUAGCCUAAACAAACAGAAUGAAAUCAUCAGUAACUACGUACUAGGUUGAGGGUGGCAGCGACCUUCAACACUACAUCUUGAAUAUUCUGUUUACGCUUUGUUGCCACUGACCACAGGAUUGACAAUUGUUGAACUGAGAUGGUGUGACGACCAAAAACCGCAGGCUCAUUAAAUAACUAGGAUUUUAUAAAGAAAUAGCGCCAAAUACAGUACAUGAUGAAUACCACCGAUUAAAUUUCACUUGUAGAAUGUUUGAUAAUGUUCGUAAGAGUUAGUUGUAAAGUAAUUGAACGAACUCAGUGAUUUUUUCUUUGUGGGAGAUACAAUGAAAAACGAAAAAUAAAGAAUGCAAUUGAA